CGUACCGCGGCGGCUGCGUGCCUUAUCGCCUCAAUUCCGCGCGCUCGCAAAAUCAGCCCAGGUCCGCCCAUCCGGUGCUGAGUCAUCUGAGUCCCGGCGGCGCUUCUCGGCGCCCUGAAGACGUGUUUCAGAGACUGGACACGCUCUGAACAACCUCCCUUGAUUCUCUUGUCGCCACAUUGCUUGCCUCCAGCGUGCGUAGUUCGAUCGUGGGGUUACUCCUGCGUGCCUGACAAUUGAAUUUGCCUCGACGCGGCGUCUUGCCCCAGCGCACCCCUCGGAACUCUUCCCCGCACGGUUUGCGUUUGCUUCUGCAGGCCCCAACGACCACCAACAAUGACGGCGCCGGGCUCCACCACCGGCGACGACUUUGCGCCGGCAGCCAAGCCGGCGGUUGUGCCCUCGGACGCUGUUGAGGGCAAGGCCGGCUAUGAGGGUGGCGAUCUUGACGCUCCCGGCGUUGUCGCUGCGGGCGGAGCGGACGGGCCGGCCGGGGCCUCCGGCGUCGACGAGCGCAAGUUGGUGCGCAAGCUCGACUUGCACCUCGUGCCUCUGGUCAUGCUGCUGUACACUUUCAGCUUCCUGGACCGCGUCAACAUUGGCAAUGCUCGCCUCUACAACCUCGAGGCAGAUCUCGGCCUAGUCGGCAGUCAGUACCAGACCGCGGUCGCGAUUUUGUUCUGUACCUACCUUACGUUUGAAAUCCCGAGCAACCUGGUUCUGAAGCCGUUCACUCCUCGCCGUUGGAUCGCAUUCAUCGCCUUUGGUUGGGGUAUCGUGGCCACCUGCACGGGCCUGGUCCGCAACUACGGCGAGCUCCUGGCGGUCCGCCUGAUCCUCGGCGCCCUUGAGGCAGGCCUCUUCCCUGGCCUGAACGUCUACCUGACGUUCUUCUACACCAAGAGGGAGCUUGCCCUGCGCGUGGGCUACUUGUUCGUCAGUGCCGCCGUGGCUGGAGCUCUUGGUGGCUUGCUCGCCUACGGCAUUGGGCAGAUGGACGGGGUCCGAGGCAUGAGCGGCUGGCGAUGGAUCAUGAUCAUCGAGGGUAUCCCGAGUGUGCUUCUUGGCGUUGCCACAUACUUUUUGCUUCCCAACGAUCCGGAGCACGCCUACUUCUUGACUCCUGAGGAGAAGAAGUUCAUGAUUGCCCGAUCGCGCAGGGAUUAUGGCGACACGGCGAGCGCGCAGGAGUUUGACAAGAGAGACAUGCUUGCUGCCUUCAAGGACUGGAAGGUCUGGACCUUUUGCAUUGCGCAGUUUGGCGCCGACACCAUGCUUUAUGGCUACUCAACCUUCCUCCCCACCAUCAUCCGGGGCCUCGGCACCUGGGGCACCGCCGAGACCCAGCUGCUCACGAUCCCGUGCUACUUUGUCGGCGCCGUGACCUACAUGACGGUCGCCUGGCUGUCGGACCGCAAGCAGAUGCGCGGCCUGUUCUGCGUCAUCUUCGGCACCAUCAGCGUCGUCGGCUACGGCGUGCUCCUCUCCAACACGGCCGCGGGGGUGCACUACUUUGGCGCGAUCCUCGUCGCCAUGGGCCUGUACGUCGUCGUGGGCCUGCCCCUCGCGUGGCUGCCCAACAACUCGCCCCGCUACGGCAAGCGCACGACGGCCAACGGGAUGCAGCUCACCUGCGGCAACGCGUCGGGCAUCAUGACCCCGUUCAUCUACCUCUCGCAGUACGCGCCGCGGUACGUCCAGGGCAACGCCGUCAGCCUGGCCAUGGUCGGCAUGGCGACGACCAUGUACGGCGGCUUGUGGUUCUACUACGACCGCCAGAACAGGGCCCGGGCGGGAGGGUACGUCAAGCCCGAGCACGAGAAUCUGUCCGAGGAGCAGCUGGCCGAGCUCGGCGACGAGAGCCCCGUCUAUCGCUACACGAUAUGAUUUUUUGAGGUUUUGGAGAUGUUGUUUGGCGGGAAACCAAUGGAGCCGUGAAUGGGUUCUCCAUUGAGGCGUGCUUGCAGGUCAGAAUUUUUGGGAUAGACUUCUUGAUAGACAGCGGGUUGGUUUGAUAGACUGCACGGAGCGUCAAUUUCAUAGAACCUUUUUGCGUUAGGCGGCCCAAAGUCGUGAAUCCUGUCACUCUCACGAUGAACCGUGAGGUAUGAAGUGGCUGACUUGUCCAUGAGGUCGACUGGCCCGCAGCAACAAGCUCAUUUACCGAUAA